AUGGGUCUGUGUGCUUCCUCUCCAAUCGGAAAGGGAAGUGAAAAUCAAAAGACAGGAUCGAGAAACACCAAACAACACUACUACUAUUCCUCAUCAUCAUCAUCAUCAUCGACAACGAUCAUGGUCAUCCAUGGAGAUGGGAAGCUACAAGUGCUAAAGCAAGCAACAAAAGCUAGAAAAAUCAGAUCCCAGAACCCAAACUACUUCCUCUGCAGCUCAGAGUCCAUGUCCAUAGGAACAUGCGUACCUCACAUGCAAGACGAUGAAGAUCUCCAAAUGGGUCAAAUUUACUUCCUCUUGCCACUGUCUCAAUCUCGUAAGCCUCUCUUAUUGCCUGACUUAUGUGCUCUAGCUGUCAAAGCCAACUCUGCACUUGGACAGCACAAAUUAAGACAACAAAGUUGA